UUUACACGUCGCGGAGAAGUUUGUCCUCACAGAGUUGCCGUAGCUGAGAAAAAAAUGUCAUAUUAUCUUGGGAAAAUAGCAAAGGUGGUGCUGCCCAUGGCAGGGCCUGGGUCCCUUGGCCUGAUGUCUGCCAGUGUUUUUGCAGCAAGCAAGGCCAAAGAAAAUACCACCACCCUGAUGACGGAUGAGCUUUCUCUGUAUGACACUCCAGAGUCCCAGCUGAGGUACGAGGAGCCCGAGGUCGGUCAUGUUGAGCAGGCUGUAUCAUCUCUGAGGAAGACAGUAGAGCCUUUUGUUUCAUGGUGCCAGGAUAAGACACAGUUUGCCAUGGAGAAAGUACAGUCUUACUACAAAACCGUUGAGCCUGGUGUGGAUACCACUCAAAAUAUUGUAAAAGACAUGUAUGCGUUUUUGAACGACCCUCCGUCUGAGUUCUUCCCCAGUGUGGGUGUUAUAGGAUUCUCUGGAAUUCUUGGACUUUAUUUAGCAAAAGGCAGCAGAAUCAAGAGGCUGCUGUUCCCCACUGGGCUGAUGGUUCUGAGCACUUCCAUGUUCUACCCACAGCAUGCGGCCUCUGUUGCCAGGACCACAAAACACUACAUAUUUUCCUGGGGUUCAGAAGGGCGGGUUGUUUUGGAGGAACUGCUGAGAGGGAAAACAUCAUCCAAGCAAAAAGUUGAAAAAACACAGAAAACAGACAGCCAGAAAUCAAGUUGAGACAAAGGAGUAAGUUUUACGAGGAGUUCCCGCUUUGCACCUGGAUUCUGUUCUCUUAUCAAUGUACUGAUCAGUUUAGUGGUAUUUGCUAUAUUAUUGUUGGUCAUGUUUACUGGCAUGCAUAUUUGACUGUGUUUUUUGUGCACUAUAUAAUUUACUUUUGUACAUAAAUGCAGCUGUAACCAUUUGGACCAACCCGGGAAAAAAAGAAAAAAAACUUUUUGUGAAACUUGCACUGUGAAAUUUCCAAACAUUUUAACAAGUCAGUUACUUACUGAUGGUUCCUAUCGUAUUUCCACCGGUGGUGUUGUUGCAUUCUCUAGAACCUUCCUGUGCCACUAUACAAAGAUCAAAUUUCAAACUUGCAUUAAGUUUUCAUAAUCUUCACAAACUUAUGAUUUCACAAACCACAUUGAUAAGAGUCUGCUUUUUUAACCUUUUACCACUUUGAUUAGAAGGAAAGCUUGAAGGUGUUAACUUAUGCAAAAAAAUAAUUACACAUCACUUUUUCUUUUCCUUGUUUAGACUUUUAAUGCAUUAAAUUGGAUACAAAUAAAAGACUAUUGAUAAGCUAAUCUGACAUACAAACUACAGAAUAUGAUUGAAAUAUAAGAAUGAAUACAAGCACUACUGUAACUUAAUCUCAGAGUAAACUGCUCUA